AAACUGGUGUGAGCUGCAGCUGGUCGCGGUCGCAAUAAUUUCAGCGGAGUCCGUUCUAAAAAUGGCACAAAAGAAAGUUUUUCUGGCGCUUGCCUGCUUGGCGAUAAUUUUAGCGACCAACGCUGAGGCCCAAGAGAUUAAAUUUACAGAUGAGCAGUUGCAAAGUUUCAAAGAAGAAAUCGACAAAUUAGUCGCUGAGAAAAAAGCAUCUUGUGAAAAUCAUGAAAAAGUGUGCCAAGAAUUAUCAACCGGAGGCAGCUUCGAUUUCAGCAAACUUUGCGAGAUGAUCUUCAAAACUUACUUAUGCGAAGGCCCCCAUGACAUCGACACCGUCAGACGCAUAGCAAAUAAUCUCUUCAGCGCCAGCAAAGAAGCUGUCAAAAGCGCGACCGAUUCGAACGAUGAUCAAUAAUUUUGUACAAUAACGGAGUCGAAAUUACGAAGAAUAAAACAACAACUCGCUAAA